CGACCUCGAAAAUUUAUUUUUUGUGUAUCCACUGGAAACCCGAAUAAAGUAUCAUUUUUUGGCAAAAAGAAGGCGUGAAAGAUUAGCUGGACUGUUUUAACGCCUGCGUCUUAUAUCCUAGCUCAACGAGAACCAUUCAUUUGGUUAGGAGAGCGUGGUGAAGUCUGGAAACGGAAAAUUCGGUGACGACGUUAAAAAGUUUAUGAUGCGCUUACCUGAUCUGAUGUGCAGAAUUGGCAGAAAUCUUUCUGGAAAUUGUUCGAAAUUUGUGCCAAACUGAAGACAUUGCCGUAAACGACUUGCCCUUUGUCUACAAAGGUCAAAGUUGACAAGAACUUGGUGCAGUGAUAAUCAAAAGAAACUUGAUGCGAGACAUCGUUCCUCGAUCUCAGCUGAUUGAUGCACCUUCAAAUUGGAUGGUCUCGGAAGAAGCCGAAGCCCCGAUAAUUUGAACAAAACCAUCGUGAUUAAACUACUCGAAAUUCUGGAAGCCUUUACUUGAUUGAUGCACCUUCAAACUGGAUGGUCAAAAGAAACAAAGACCUUGGUGCAGUGGUAACCCAAAAAGUCGUUCUAAAGAUAUGAAACACGUUCCUUUUGAGGUCUGGAGCGAUAUCGUUGAUGCACCUUCAAACUGGACAAGUCACAGCUGAUUGGUUGAACAUUGAUUGAUUUCAAGGAUUAAUUGGGCCUUGUGAUAAUUGACAGCUGUCUGUCAUGAUUGUAUGUUGAGUUUGUGAGAUGAUUUAUGUUCAAACAAUCAUGGGAGGACAUUGAAAGUUGUGUUGUAACUAUCAGGCAAUCUUAUUUCCUAUCAAAAAGUAUAUGCAUUUUUUUAACGAAAGCUGAUUUUUCAAAAUGGAUGAAACUUUACCUUCAGUCGGUUUUUGUGAGGUUGUCGAAACUCAACCUGCGAACCCGAUAGAUAUAUAUCAAUGUGAGGUUUGUUGCGAACAGUUCAUGUCUGAAAGCGUUGCUGUGGAACAUGUGAAGACGCAUGAGAUGGCACCAUCAUUGGCUGCGACUGAGAAUGCUAAUCGAUACCCAUGUUUCGUUUGCGGUGAAUUAUUCUUGACCGUAAGUUCUUUAAAAGAGCAUCCGUGCGUAAAUACUGCUGAAAAGCCAUUGAGCGUUGCCGAGGAUUGUCCGCCCCCAAAAAAGUUCAGAUGUAAACAGUGCGGUAAACGGUUCGGCGUCAAAGAAAACUAUCAGCGACAUGUAAAACUUCAUGGCCGGAAACGUCCGAAUCGGAGAAAACCUGUUGUUAUUGCUGAGGAAAUUUAUGAAAAAGUUGACGCACGAUUUAGUUUGAGUACACGCGAUGAGCAAUUCAGGAGAAAUGAGAAAAGUGAUGAAGAACUUAGUGACAAUGAACAAUCAGAUGAAGAGUUCAGCGUGGAUGAAAUGUUCCCCCGACUGGAUGUCGAAAACCAGCGUAAUGCGUUGGAGCCACUUGUCAUUGCCGAGGUCAAAUAUGAAUGCUACGUCUGCCUGAAGAUACUUUCUACGACGCAGGAGCUCAUGGAACACAUGAGAAAUCACGACCCGUUGUUGGCUUCAACGGAGCCGGUUAAUAAACACGCUUGUGAAGUCUGCGGCAAGCGCUUCCCAAAAGUCGAAGAUCUCCAGCGUCACAUGGACGUCCAUGCGGAAUGGAAAAGGAUCGAGUGUAAUAUCUGCCAUGACACAUUCAAGCAAAUAUCACAUCUCAAAAAUCACAUUUUGGUGGUCCACAAUCCCGAUGGUCUUCCGCGUAAGAAGAAGCCUUUGUCGCAUUUCUGUGAGAUUUGUAAUAAAGGAUUUACGGCGCCUUGCAUGCUGAAGCGGCAUGUCCGCUCUCACACCGGUGAAAAACCGUUCAAAUGCUCACUCUGUGAUGAACAAUUCACUCGGAAGGCGCAAAUCGCAUCCCACAUGUCGUUUAUGCACAACGAUGGUAAAUCUAAAAAGUACAAAUGCUCGGCCAAAGAUUGUGGGAAAAAAUUCGCCACCGAGGCAAGUUUGAACAACCACAUGAGCCAGCAUACUGAGCGUCGCAAAUUCUCUUGCGAGGAGUGCGGGAGGAUUUUCUUUUCGCGGAUAGGGCUGAAAAAUCAUAUGGUCCUCCAUGGCGGAGAUAUCGUCCGUUUCAAAUGCGGCGUUUGUGAUGAGAUAUUCAACUCUCACUCAUCUCUGGCAAUCCAUCGUAGAGUUCACUACGACGAGUUUGCGUACGAGUGCCAGGUUUGUCGAAAGAAGUUUGAGACCAAGAAUGCUUUUUGGCACCAUUCUGUGAAAAAGUGUGGCAAGGAUGCAUUUGAGUAUCUAUGUGAUUAUCCCGGCUGUGAGCAAUAUUUCUUUUACGAGGAUCUGUUGAUUGACCAUAUGAAAGGACAUGAAAGUUUGCGCGGUGAUUGCUCCACAGACGCUGCGAGUAUGACUCCUCAUGUAAAAAUGGAGAUUCGAGCUGCUGAAGCGUGUGGGGCUGCCCCUAUUGAUGAAGAGACCAACAGGUCAACUCAGUCGCAAAUGGAGACCACUACUGUGGGGGCUGUGCCAAGCGAAAUUGACCUCCCUGAAUACAAGUCUUGGUUCGAUGCAAAUGAAGAUACCGAGGAUAUGGUUUGUGAAAUUGGGAGUCCUGGAACAGGGACUUGGCCCUCUAAAAUGGGGACCUCGCUCAUUGGAAAUAAGACUGGUCCUUCCGAACUUGGGAAUCCGAUCCUUGACUUGGGAACUGUACCGGAUAUAAUUCGCACUGCUGAAAAUGCCAAUAUUCCCUUGCUUAUGGCAACUGAGCCCACCGAAAUUGUGACUCGGACUGUGAAGAAUGAAUGGGGUGCUCCUGAUGUACAGAUUUCGUCUGUCAGAAUGGGGACUCCCUCCGCUGCAAUUUGGACUCCCUCUGCCACAAUCCAGACUCCCUCCGUCGCAAUCCAGACUCCCUCUGCUGCAGUCGGGACUACCUCCGCCCCAGUCCGGUCUCCCUCUGCCACUGUCCAGUCUACCUCUGCUGCAGUCCAGAAUCCCACAGCCGCAAUCCAGACUACCUCCGCUGCAAUCGGGACUCCCUCCACGGCUAUCCAGAACCCCAUUGCUCAAGUGUGCGCCUCACCUGCCGAAAUUGUGAGUGUUCCAUCUGAAGGAAGAGACUCUGGUCCCGACUCAAGUGGUUGGGAGCUCAAGUGUGAAACAUGCGAGGAGAAAUUUACUACUCCUGUGCUACUGGAUCGACACGAACGUUCGCAUGCGUAUAAGCAUUCCUGUGAACAGUGUGGAAGACGCUUUAAAUUCCUCCUAGACGUCCAGCGCCACCAAGACGUCCAUACUGGUGAAAAGAAAUAUGCGUGUCACAUUUGUUCGAAGCGAUAUAAGAGCCAAAGUGCUCUUAAAACGCAUGUGAGGGCAGUUCAUGAUGGCGGACCGAAGAGAGUCCAAGUCAAAAAGCAUUUCUGUAGCAUUUGUACCAAGGGAUUUUACAGACCUGGCCUGCUUGCACAGCACGUUUUAUUACAUAGCGGUGUCAAAAGAUAUCAGUGUGAAACCUGUAAGAUGAAAUUCGUGUGGAAAAAGGCUCUAAGAAUGCAUGUGUUGAGGGCGCACAGUGGUCCAAGGAAGAUUCAUCGGUGUACUUUCACCAAUUGUAAACAGUCUUUCCUAACAGCGCACUCAUUGAAACGCCACCUUGAAAAACACUCGCCGCGUGAAAAUAUUCCCUGUGAAGUUUGCGGCGAGGUCUUCUUCACGCGAAUGAAAUUGAGGCUCCACAUGGUGAUCCAUGGCGCCAUCCCUCGGUUUCAGUGCGACAUUUGUAAUAGGGCUUGCAGUUCAAAAGACAGGCUGUUGGAACACCGUAAUACACACACUGGAGAAUUUGCCGGUGAAUGUCAAGUUUGCCGAGAGAUGUUUAAAAACGGUGUGGGACUUCUGAGACAUUCUCGGCGCAAAUGCGGAAAGGCAGCGUACAAGUAUCCGUGCCAUUCGGACGAUUGUCUAAAGGGUUUCCUCACUGAAGAAGCCCGUACGCGACAUAUGGGUGCCCACAACCUGUAUGGGCAGCCGGGCAAAGGGAUUGAGGCCUUGCCCACAGAAGCGCGGACUCCAUCUGCUGCAACUGGGACUCGGUCUGCUAAAACUGUUUCACUUUCGCCUGCCGAAGGUAUAAUUUCCACUGCGCAAAUUGAGACUCCAGCUGCAGUUUUCAAUUCGUCAGCUGAAGUUAAACGCCUAUCUACUCCGCAUUUUGGUACAGGUCGAGACAAUCCUAGUGGAGAGUUUCAGUGUCAAACAUGUCUGAAUGUGUUCACGAACUCGUCGCGACUUGCCGCCCAUGAACUUACUCACUCUGCAGGCACCUUGACGCGCGAUCCUCUGUCGAUAAUUGGCACUCGUCCUACAUUGAACACAGCAGAAAAAUCGCGACCAGCUACAUCGUUUGCUUGUCGUAAAUGCAGCGACAUGUUUUCAUCGCAAUCCGACUUGAUGCAACACAUUGUUGAUAAUCAUACAAUGGCGUAUGUCUGCAAUGACUGUGGUCAGAGGUUUAAAACGUCGACAUUACUUUACAAACACAGAAGGAAGAUUUCAAAGGAGACGAAAAUGUUAGAUUCUUCGAUUCUGAUUCCGGUUUCGUUAACCACAGUUGACGUGCAGGAAACUAAAAACAUUUACGAGUGCGGGAUAUGCUUCAAGCAAUUGUCCUCACACCACAGUAUACGGCGCCACAUUCAGUCGAUGCACGAACCUAAACGAAAAGCACCGAUUGUCACGUACCAAUACAAUUGUCAAGUUUGCAAUAAGUCAUUCUCGACCGUUAGCAACUUGAAUCGCCACAUGGUUACGCACUCGGGCGACAAGCCGUUUGCCUGUGAACACUGUGAAAAAAGAUUUACGCAAGCAACGCAUUAUAAGCGCCAUGUUGUAACCACUCACGGCACCGGCGGCAGUCAACAUUUCAUAUGCAUGCACCCGGGUUGCGGGAGGAAGUAUGCCUAUGAUCACGACUUGAAAUCCCACAUGUCACAAGUUCAUGGGAACCAGAAGUUUCCGUGUCCGGUUUGCGGGAAACGGUUCAAUACGGAAUACAACGUUCGGCGGCAUCAGUCGGUUCACGAGCUGGCGCGUGGUGAUAAGCAGGAGGUUCAAUUGAAUUUUAAAUGCGAGGGGUGUGCCUGGCGUUUCAAAACGGAAAAAGCGUUAAAGAGACACAUGAUGAGUCAUAAGAAAUUCGGCGAUCCGACAUAUAAUUGCGACGCGUGUGAUUUACCGUAUUUUACUGCUAGUGGGCUUGAGCGGCAUCUACGGGCGGUGCAUGAUGGUCAGACGCCGUCGGUAUCCGGGGACCCUGUGUCACCGUGUUCAACUCUUGACGGUCGUCCUCAUCUGUGUAAAGGGUGUGGCAAAAGAUUUAGGUACAUACACCAGUUGAAACGUCAUGAAAAGAAACACAUGGCAACUGCAGUGAAAGAUGAUAUGCCGCGGGAACCGGUGACUUGUCGCAAAUGCGGACGGUCGUUUCAUACGAAGAAGCUUUUGAUGCGUCACAUGAUGUCUAAUCAUACGAUGGGCUACCUGUGUCGAAUUUGUGGCGAUCGCUUUCACAAGAGGCCCAUGUUUGUGCAGCAUAUGAGAAAUGUACAUUCGGAGACUGAAGAUAUUGAUGACUGAUUGUUGUCGAUUGGCGAUUUCUCUGCUCUUUUGAUCAAAAAGUCGAUGAUUAGACAAGUCAAGAUUGGUGUUUGGAAGGGGGCAGUCAUUGCAUUUAUUCAUACAUGUAGUCAGAGGGGCUGUGUCAGAUUUUAAGACUAAUUACGUGUAAUCUUUUGGUGAAAUAGUAGGCUACUGGAACUUUAGUAGACACUACUAUUGGUUAAUUUAUAUGGGGUGGUGCAUUGUAUCAUUGUUAUUGUUGUGCAAUUGCACUUUUUUGGCUCACCGUCCGUCGUCGUAUCCUGUGGCACGUUUCUUAACCGCUAGUGCUAAGAACUUGAAACUUUGUACACAUGACCCCCUAGGUCGGAGGUACUCUAUUAUUCCUUAAUUACUUGCCCGAUUGGCACCAAUUUUAUAUCAUAGGUACAUCUAAUUCUAACAACCAUUCAAUGUGUCACCCGGGUCUUUUUUGAUUUGACCUACUUUUCAAGGUCACAGAGGUCAAAUGUACUGUAAAUUGGCCAUUUUGGGGGAUUGUAAUUGCUUGGACCUACAUCAAACCUAACACUACAUGACACAAUACCAUGCUCUUCAUCCAUCUUUCCUCCACAUGAGGUGAGCACAAUGGCCCUGGCCAUUUUGGUUUACUUUUAAUUCUGAAACAACGUGCUUUGGAUAUCACCUGAUCAAACCUGCUCCAUUGCAACUCCUACCCUCUGUGUUGUCGUAUAUAAACAUCCUAUUAUUUCACCCAUCACCUUGUACAGAACCAUUUAGACAUUGGGCUCCUGUUAAAUUGUAGAUCUGUAUUGUGUUUGUUGUAGUUGACAUGUCCUGGAACAAGUGUGGCAUCCCCGAGAUGCAUGCAUUGCACAAGCUAACUGUCUUGUAAUAUCCGAACCUGGUAGCGUAUGAAAGUCUGGUAAUCCUACAUGAUUUGUAACUCCGGGCCUGAAACAAGCUCCAGAUCAAUCGUGUGCAUGUAGACAUCUUGAAAUGUACGGAAGACCAAAUUUUGACAUUUCAGUGACUUUACCUUCAUGAUAACAAUGUACCAGGGAUAGUUUGUUGCAUAUCACACUUUUCUCAGCACCCAAGUCAAUGGGUGAUAUGAAUAAAGACUAGCAAAUGCUUUUACUUCAGUUUUGUACAGAACAGCCUAGUGUAAAUGUACAUGGAGAUUUAGAUAAAAGCAUUUGCUAGUGUUUAUUCAUAUCACCCAAUGUCAGUAGAAAUAACCGAGUUGUUGUACACUCCUUACAUUGUCAUUGUCUUAUCUAUAUAUGUUAAUUUCAAUAAUUACAUUAAAAUCCUUGUAUCAUUUGA